AUGGCGCCGGUGGGGGUGGAGAAGAAGCUGCUGCUGGGCCCCAACGGGCCUGCGGUGGCGGCCGCCGGCGACUUGACCAGUGAAGAGGAGGAGGGCCAGAGUCUAUGGUCCUCGAUCCUGAGCGAGGUGUCCACCCGCGCCAGAUCCAAGCUACCGUCCGGCAAGAACAUUCUGGUCUUCGGUGAAGACGGUUCUGGUAAAACAACCCUCAUGACUAAACUUCAAGGAGCUGAGCACGGCAAAAAAGGAAGAGGCCUAGAGUAUCUCUACCUCAGCGUCCAUGAUGAGGACCGAGAUGAUCACACACGCUGCAAUGUGUGGAUUCUGGAUGGAGAUCUAUACCACAAAGGCCUGCUGAAAUUUGCAGUUUCUGCUGAAUCCUUGCCGGAGACCCUGGUCAUCUUUGUUGCAGAUAUGUCUAGGCCUUGGACUGUGAUGGAAUCACUACAGAAAUGGGCUAGUGUUUUACGUGAGCACAUUGAUAAAAUGAAAAUUCCACCAGAAGAAAUGAGGGAGCUGGAACGGAAGUUUGUGAAGGAUUUUCAAGACUAUGUCGAGCCUGAGGAAGGUUGUCAAGGUUCCCCACAGAGAAGAGGGCCUCUGACCUCAGGUCCUGAUGAAGAAAAUGUUGCCCUGCCUCUCGGUGACAGCAUGCUGACUCAUAACCUCGGGAUCCCAGUGUUGGUGGUGUGCACAAAGUGUGAUGCAGUGAGUGUCCUGGAGAAGGAGCAUGAUUACAGGGACGAACACUUUGACUUCAUCCAGUCACACCUACGGAGGUUCUGCCUUCAGUAUGGAGCGGCUUUGAUAUACACAUCAGUGAAGGAAGAGAAGAACCUCGACUUGUUGUAUAAGUACAUUGUUCAUAAAACAUAUGGUUUCCACUUUACCACGCCUGCCUUAGUUGUGGAAAAGGAAGCAGUUUUUAUACCCGCAGGCUGGGACAAUGAAAAGAAAAUAGCUAUUUUACAUGAAAAUUUCACAACUGUUAAGCCAGAAGAUGCAUAUGAAGACUUUAUUGUGAAACCUCCUGUGAGAAAGCUGGUCCACGACAAAGAGUUGGCAGCGGAGGAUGAACAGGUGUUUCUAAUGAAGCAACAGUCACUCCUUGCCAAGCAGCCAGCCACACCCACUAGAGCCUCCGAAUCCCCUGCAAGAGGACCCUCCGGCUCUCCGAGAACCCAGGGCCGGGGGGGGCCAGCCAGCGUGCCCAGCGCCUCCCCAGGCACGUCAGUAAAGAAGCCAGACCCGAACAUCAAAAAUAAUGCAGCAAGUGAAGGGGUGUUGGCCAGCUUCUUCAAUAGUCUAUUGAGUAAAAAAACAGGCUCUCCUGGAAGUCCUGGUGCUGGUGGGGUGCAGAGCACUUCCAAGAAGUCAGGACAAAAGACUGUGUUGACAAAUGUUCAGGAAGAACUGGAUAGAAUGACUCGAAAGCCAGACUCCAUGGUAACAAACUCUUCAACAGAAAAUGAAGCCUGA